AUCCCUCCUUCAUCCCUCCUUCUCUGCGCCAGGAAGCAUGCGUGAGUGUAUCUCGGUGCACGUCGGCCAGGCCGGGGUCCAGAUUGGCAAUGCAUGCUGGGAGCUGUACUGCCUGGAGCACGGCAUCCAGCCGGACGGACACCUGCUGGGGGGCCAGGCCGGCGGGGGGGCGGACGACUCCUUCUCCACCUUCUUCAACGAGACCGGCGCCGGGAAGCACAGCCCCCGCGCCAUCUUUGUGGACCUGGAGCCCACGGUCAUCGGUAAAAUAACAUGGGGGGUCGACUUAUGCCCCU